ACUCCCCUCAUUCUAAUUUAUAUAAAAGCCAUUCCAAUCUCUCUUUUUACUGGAUCUUCCUAAUAAAAAAAAAGAAGAGCGAAAAAAAAAACUACUUUAACCUUCUACCUCUUCCUCACUGGCAGUUUUUCGUUUCGUUGCUAGUUACUCUUCUUCUUUUUUUUUAACCCCUCCACCGAAACAAUACAUAAACCAUGGGUAAAAAGGAACGAGCAUCACCCGCACCGUCAAUAGCCGACAAUGAAAAAUCUUCUACUGUCAAUAUUGAUAUGCGAACGGACUUGACCAGUCCCCAUAAUGAUCCUUCAAAUCCAUUUGCGUUUACACCGAAUCAACUGUCGGCUUUGAUGGAUCCGAAAAAUUUACCACUCUUACAUACCUUUGAUGGUUUGGUCGGUGUCGCCAAAGGUCUCCAUGCCAACAUUCAGCACGGUCUCAGCACCAAUGCCCAAAUUCACACUCCUAUCUCGCUCACUGAUAUUAUCCAUCAUCAACCACAAGAUCCCGCAGAUACUACUCAACAACAACAAGAGAACACACCUACUCAUACCUCCUCUCCUCCAUCUAUUCGCUCUCAACACCAAAACGAUCAAGCUUCUUCCACUCACCAUGAUUCCCCAUUCGCCUCUGCACGCACCGACAUCUUUGGCACCAAUGUGCUUCCACCUGUCCGAUCAAAAAACAUCUUUCAGCUAAUGUGGAUGGCCAUGAAGGACAAAACUUUGAUCCUUUUAACGGUGGCUGCUUUUGUAUCGCUAGCCGUAGGCUUGUAUGAAGAUAUUGCCGAAACUCAUUAUGAUGCUCAAGGCAACAAAGUGGCGGGCGUUCAAUGGGUAGAAGGCGUCGCCAUCAUUGUAGCUAUUUUAAUCGUCGUACUCGUUGGAAGUGUCAACGACCUUCAAAAGGAAAAGCAAUUUCGUAAACUGAAUGCCAAAAAGGAAGACCGCAUGGUUAAGGCCACGAGAGAUGGUACAACCUCUCUUAUCUCUGUUCAUGAUAUCCAAGUGGGCGAUGUUUUGCAUUUGGAGCCAGGUGACAUUGUUGCUGCUGACGGUAUCUUUAUCGAAGGUCACAACCUCAAAUGUGACGAAUCCGCCGCGACUGGUGAAUCCGAUGCCGUGCGAAAACUGGCAUAUGACGUCUGCUGGCGCAUGGCUCAAGCCGAAGCGCAAGAAGUUUCAUCUUCAACCGACAAUGAAAAAAAGUCCGAGGGUUCACGUCCCAACGUCGAUAGUCAUAAGUCGUUGCCUGAUCCAUUCAUUAUCUCCGGUUCCAAGGUCCUCGAAGGCGUUGCCACGUAUUUGGUGACAAGCGUCGGAAUCCACUCUUAUUAUGGACGCACCCUGAUGGCUUUACGAACCGAAUCGGAAAGCACCCCACUUCAGGAAAAGCUCAAUGCGCUAGCCGAGAUGAUUGCCAAGUUGGGCUCGGCCGCCGGUUUGCUCAUGCUGAUUGUUUUGCUGAUCCGAUAUUUCGUCGGCUGGCGAAAUGGUAUUCCGACCGAAGCCACCACCAUCGUUAGCCAAAUCAUGGAUAUCCUUAUUGUUGUCGUCACCAUUGUCGUCGUUGCUGUCCCUGAAGGCCUACCAUUGGCUGUCACACUAGCUCUCGCCUAUGCAACUCAGCGGAUGCUCAAGGAUAAUAAUCUGGUCCGUGUUCUUGCGGCUUGUGAAACCAUGGGCAAUGCCACUACCGUGUGCUCUGACAAGACCGGCACAUUGACGCAGAACAAGAUGACCGUCGUCGCUGGCACUUUGGGUUCCUCCUUCCGGUUUGUCAAGGAUGCACCUGCCAACCGUGUGGACCUCAAGGAAAUGGCUGAACUGCCUCAACACGUACCCAAGCCCGUCCUGAACUUUGUCAAUCAAUCCAUCGCGAUUAACUCCACCGCCUUUGAAAGCAAAGACGAAAAGGGUGAAAUGGCCUUUGUCGGUAACAAAACCGAAACCGCUUUACUUGCUUUUGCUCGUGACACUGGGUCCGAGAAUUUCCAAGACCUCCGUAAUCGCUGGCCUGUCGAGCAAGUGCUCCCUUUCAACUCUGAACGUAAGGCCAUGGCCACCGUGAUUCGCUUACCGCAUCCUACCGAACCGAGUCGCUUCAUCUACCGGGCCCAUGUCAAGGGCGCUUCCGAAAUCCUUUUGACUCACUGCUCCAAUAUCAUUACACUGAAACCGUCCGAGUACAAAUCCCUCGAUCACGAUUACGAUAUCAAGACCCGCGCUCUUACCGACGAAGAUCGUAAACGCACGGAACACAUUAUCCAGAGUUAUGCCACUCGUUGCCUUCGUACCAUUGGUAUUGGUUAUCGUGACUUUGAUCAAUGGCCUCCUUCAAAGGAAGAAAUUGAUGAUGGCGUCAAGAUGGGCGCCGAAGCCGAUGUUCCCUUUGAAGAUAUCGUUUCUAACAAUGGUCUGACCCUGCUUGGUAUUGUCGGUAUUGAAGAUCCUCUUCGUCCCGGUGUCAAGGAAGCCGUGAAAUCGUGCCAGAAAGCCGGUGUCUUUGUGCGCAUGGUCACAGGUGAUAACGUUGUCACGGCUAAAAGUAUUGCGAAACAAUGCGGGAUUUACACUCCUGGUGGUAUUGUCAUGGAAGGUCCUGUUUUCCGCAACUUGCCGCCGUCCGAAAUGGAUGCCAUUCUACCACGUCUCCAGGUCUUGGCUCGAUCGAGUCCUGAGGAUAAACAGAUUCUGGUGGGCCGGCUGAAAGAAUUGGGCGAUAUUGUCGCCGUCACGGGCGAUGGUACGAAUGAUGGUCCUGCAUUGAAGUUGGCCGAUGUCGGUUUCUCCAUGGGUAUUGCCGGUACCGAAGUGGCCAAAGAAGCUUCCAGUAUCAUUUUGAUGGAUGAUAACUUUUCAAGCAUCGUCAAGGCCAUCAUGUGGGGUCGUUGUGUGAACGAUGCCGUCAAAAAGUUUUUGGAAUUCCAACUGACCGUCAACGUUACUGCCGUCAUCUUAACGUUUAUCUCCGCAGUGGCCAGUUCGAAUCAGAAAUCGGUGCUGACAGCUGUCCAGUUACUGUGGGUCAAUCUGAUCAUGGAUACCUUGGCCGCUCUGGCCUUGGCGACCGAUCCUCCUACCGAAGAAUUGCUUUACCGUGCUCCUGAGCCUCGUUCGGCGCCCUUGAUUACGUUCAAGAUGUGGAAGAUGAUCAUCGGCCAGGCCAUCUUCCAAGUCGUUGUCACCCUCGUGCUGUUGUACAGUGAUGUCUUGCAUUAUGACAGCGAAAGCGUCGUAUUGCAGACCAUUGUCUUUAACACGUUUGUGUUUUGCCAACUGUUCAAUGAAAUCAAUUGUCGCCGCAUUGACAGCAAGUUGAAUAUUUUCCACAAUAUUCUUGCUAAUCGAUUCUUCAUCUUUAUCUUUAUUCUUUGCGUGACACUUCAAUGUCUUAUUGUCAAUUUUGGAGGUGCGGCGUUCCAGGUCACUCCUGUGGGCGGACCUCAAUGGGCUAUCGCUAUCGUUGUGGGUCUCCUUUCGCUUCCUAUUGGUGUAGUGAUCCGUCUUAUUCCGGAUAACAUCUUUUCGUUUCUGUUCUGGAACCCGGCCACCCGUCAACGUUACUUGGGUGGACCUCUCAGUGGAUCUGUCCCUCCUUCAGUUUAUAUGGCAGGAAACGAACGCGUGGCGUGGAAUCACGCUUAUACCAACGUGCAACAAAGUCUUCAAUCUCUCAAAUACCCUUCUGCUACUCAUGCUCCCAACAACAUUCCUACCGAUGCUGUGAUCGGUCACCCAGAUGGUCGUCGCAAGAGCGCCUUGGCCGCUUCCGUCAUGUUGCCCACCCUUGUUGCCACGGCGCCUUCCACCGGUUGGGUCCCUCCGGACCACGAAAAUGAAAAUCAAGAUACACAAUUCUCUUAUAUAUCACGAUAGUCUCGUUUUUUCCUGUUAUUUAUCCUUUUCCUCUUCUACAGAUACCUGUUUCUUUAAAAUAUAUUUUUUUCUUUCUCUUAAUGUAUGAUUUUUUUUUUGUAAAUUUACAUGAAUAUUUAACGCUAAAUAUCUAUUCUCAUUAAAAUUCGUAACGCUAC